AUGGCUUUCAGAGAUUAUGUGAGUGGAUUCUUCCGCAAUCAUAACAUGACGGCGCCGUUUUCAAGAUUCUACAGAGCCAUGGUGCUCAAGAUGAAUCCACAUGAAGAUGAGGCGACGACGUCCGGCAUCACGGAUGGCGCAGCGGGAGAUCAGCAGAACCGUAUCAUCUUCGUGAACCGCACUCAGCCGCAGAAGUUUGUCAACAACAGCAUAUCCACCGCCAAAUACAGUUUGCCUUCAUUCGUGCCAUUGUUCCUCUUCGAGCAAUUCCGUCGCUACUCCAACUGCUUUUUCCUUCUGAUCGCGUUGCUGCAGCAGAUCCCUGACGUGUCGCCGACUGGACGCUGGACCACUCUCACACCUCUCAUACUCAUUCUCAGCGUCAGUGCCAUCAAGGAGAUUGUAGAAGACUUUAAACGACACCGAGCGGAUGACGAGACGAACCGUCGCAAGGUGGAGGUGUUACGCGGCGCGCGUUGGCAGGCGAUGCGCUGGUGUCGGCUGCAGGUGGGCGACGUGUGCCGCGUGCUUAACAACCAGUUCUUCCCCGCGGACCUCGUGCUGCUGGCCUCCAGUGAACCCCAAGGGAUAUCGUUCAUCGAGACCUCAAAUCUGGACGGUGAAACGAACCUGAAGAUACGGCAAGCCAGACCAGAGACAGCGCGUUUGGACAACCUGGCCUCGCUGUCCGACUACCAAGCCACGAUCCAGUGCGAGCCACCCAAUAGACACCUUUAUGAAUUCAACGGCACGUUAAAGGAGACCAACACUAGGUCGAUUCCACUGGGGCUGGAGCAGAUGUUGCUUCGUGGUUCGCUGCUGCGCAACACGGCCUGGAUACACGGAGUCGUCGUCUACACCGGACACGAAACCAAGCUCAUGAAGAACUCCACCAAAGCCCCUCUAAAGCGGUCGUCGAUCGACAGACAGACGAACACACACAUCCUGAUGCUGUUCCUGAUCCUGCUGGCGCUAUCUCUUCUGAGUGCGGUCUGCAAUGAAUUGUGGCUGAGACGCCGCACUGCCACCGACUGGUACAUUGGCCUUGAUGAGGCACAGAAUGCAAAUUUCGGAUUCAACUUUUUAACAUUUUUAAUAUUAUACAACAAUCUUAUACCUAUAUCAUUACAAGUAACUGCAGAAAUCGUACGAUUUUUCCAAGCGAAGUUCAUCGCGAUGGACGGCGAGAUGUACCACGCGGUCACCGAUACGCCGGCGCAGGCUCGAACCUCCAACCUCAACGAGGAGCUGGGCAUGGUGCGCUACGUGUUCAGCGACAAGACCGGAACGCUCACCUGCAACGUCAUGGACUUUCGCAAGUGCUCCAUCGCUGAGAUUAUCUACACCCGUCCGGGACCAGACGAGAGGCUGGAAGAUACGCUACUUUAUCAGAACCUGCAACGAAAUCAUCCCACCGCACCCGUCAUCCGGGAGUUCCUCACCAUGCUCGCCAUCUGUCACACAGUUAUACCGGAGAAGGUGGACGACAAGAUCAACUACCAUGCGGCAUCACCAGACGAGCGCGCGCUGGUGCUGGGCGCGGCCGCGUUCGGGUUCGUGUUCGAGACGCGCACGCCGCACAGCGUGGAGAUCCGCGCCGGCCCGCACGCGCCGCCGCAGCAGUACGACGUGCUGCACGUGCUCGCCUUCACGUCCGCGCGCAAGCGCAUGUCCGUCAUCGUGCGCGCGCCCACAGGUCAAAUCAAGCUAUACUGCAAAGGGGCAGACUCUGUCAUAUACCCCCGGUUGGCCGGUGGACCAGAGAACGCCAAGUAUGCAGAAGCUACUUUGGCGCAUUUGGAGCACUUUGCGACCGAAGGCCUCAGGACUUUGGUCUUCGCCGUAGCUGACAUACCUGAACAUGUUUAUAAGGAAUGGUCGAACACAUACCACAAAGCGAGCAUCGCGAUACAGGAUCGCGAGCAGAAGAUCGAGGAGGCUGCGCUGCUCAUCGAGAACAAUCUACGGCUGCUAGGCGCCACGGCCAUCGAGGAUAAGCUGCAGGAGGGCGUGCCGGAGACGAUCGCGGCGCUGCUGAAGGCCAACAUCCGCGUGUGGGUGCUGACGGGCGACAAGCAGGAGACCGCCAUCAACAUCGCGCACUCGGCGCGCCUCGUGGGGCCCGCCACGCCGCUGCUGCUGCUCAACGAGGACAGCCUCGACGGCACUCGGGAAAGCCUAUCCCGACACUCGGCAGACUUUGGUGAGAACCUGCGCAAAGAGAACGACGUGGCGCUCAUCAUCGACGGCAAGACUAUGAAAUACGCAAUGGGAUGCGACUUGAAGAAGGAUUUCCUCGACCUUUGCAUCUCGUGCAAGGUGGUCGUAUGUUGCCGCGUCUCGCCCAUACAGAAGGCUGAGGUGGUGGACCUGGUGUCACGUGCGACUGGCGCGGUGACGCUGGCGAUCGGCGACGGCGCCAACGACGUGGCGAUGAUCCAGCGCGCGUCCGUGGGCGUCGGCAUCUCCGGCGUCGAGGGGCUGCAGGCCGUCUGCGCCUCCGACUACAGCAUCGCGCAGUUCCGUUUCCUGUUACGACUCUUAUUAGUGCACGGCGCGUGGAACUACUCGAGGAUAAGCAAGCUCAUUCUCUACUCCUUCUACAAGAACAUUUGCUUGUAUGUCAUCGAGCUGUGGUUCGCGAUAUACUCAGCGUGGUCAGGUCAGAUACUGUUCGAGAGAUGGACGAUAGGUUUCUACAACGUGAUAUUCACGGCGCUUCCACCGUUUGCGAUCGGUCUCUUCGACAAGUUGUGUUCACCUGAGAUUAUGUUAAGGCAUCCUGUUCUAUACAUACCGUCACAAAAGGGUCUUUUAUUCAAUGUACGAGUGUUCUGGAUAUGGGCAGUGAAUGCUCUGCUGCAUUCUAUCCUGCUGUUCUGGCUGCCCAUGCUGUUGGCCAGCCAUCAUGUGCUGUGGCCAAGUGGGAAGGAUGGUGGUUUUCUAGUAGUGGGCAACUUUGUUUACACCUACGUCGUGAUGACGGUGUGCCUGAAGGCUGGUCUGGCAACUCAUUCUUGGACGUGGGUAACUCACUUGGCUAUUUGGGGCUCUGUGGCUAUGUGGUUCAUCUUCAUUUUAAUAUACAGCAACAUGUACCCCCUAAUCUUGAUCGGUUCAGUGAUGCGCGGCAUGGACCGCAUGGUCUUCAGCUCGCUCGUCUUCUGGUUCGGUCUGGUCCUCAUCCCCAUCGCCACCCUUGUGCCUGAUCUCGUCGUCACUGUCAUCCACAACUCUGCGUUCAAGACGAUGACAGAAGCGGUACGAGAGAGCGAGAUAAAGAAACGCGAUCCUGCCGCACUACUCGCACAGCCACGACACUCCCUCACGGAGACUGCGCGGCUUCUGCACAAUGUACGCAGCGUGUUCGGACGCCGAUCUGCGAGCAGAGUCAACACGGAACUCGAACUGUCGCAUGGGUUCGCUUUCUCGCAAGAGGAGGGCGGGACCGUCUCGCAGGCGGACGUUAUCCGGGCGUACGACACGAGCCAGCCGAGAUCGGCUCUCUCCUGA